GCCGCUGUUGCCAGGGGUGACAGCCGCAGGGAGGCGGAAGGAGCCGAAGACCAGCCAGAUCUGCGUAGGUAAGCGGGAGCAUUGGCGGCCAUGGCGGUCUCGGAGCCCGGGUACCGAAGCUGGUCCUUGCGGCCCGAGGUGCCAUCCGCCACCUUCUUCACCGCGCUGCUCUCGCUGCUGGUAUCCGGGCCCCGUCUGUUCCUGCUGCAGCAGCCCCUGGGGCCCUCGGGUCUCUCGCUGCGGCCCGAGGCCCUGCACAACUGGCAAGUUUACAGGCUCGUGACUUACAUCUUUGUCUACGAGAAUCCCGUCUCCUUGCUCUGCGGAGCCAUCGUCAUCUGGCGCUUUGCUGGCAACUUUGAGAGAACCGUGGGCACCGUCCGCCACUGCUUCUUUACUCUGGUCUUCGCCGUCAUCUGCGCCAUCAUCUUCCUGUCAUUUGAAGCUGUGUCAUCGCUGUCAAAGCUCGGGGAGGUGGAGGACGCUCGCGGUUUCACCCCCGUGGCUUUCGCCAUGCUGGGAGUCAGCUGCGUCCGCUCUCGGAUGAGACGGGCCCUGGUGUUCGGCAUGGUGGUGCCCUCGCUGCUGGUGCCGUGGCUCCUGCUCUGUGCCUCCUGGCUCAUUCCCCAGACCUCCUUCCUCAGUAACGUCUGUGGCCUGGGAAUCGGGCUCGCGUAUGGCUUCACCUACUGCUUCUCCUUUGACGUCCCAGAGCAAGUUGCCAUGAAGCUCGACCAGAAGUUCCCCUUCAGCCUGAUGAGGAGGAUUUCGAUGUUCAAGUACAUCUCCGGCUCUUCAGCCGAAAGGAGGGCAGCCCAAAGCCGAAAAUCCACCUCAGAUCAUCAGAUCCCAGAGGUUGAGGACCCUUGCUGUAUAGGGCUGAACCCUGUGCCCGGCUCCUACCCCACGCAGAGCGGCCACCCUCACCUGACCCCAAAUCGCCCUGCCGCCCAGAUGCAGCACGCCAGUGGCCAGAAACUGGCGGCCUGGCCAUCGUGUGCUCCUGGGCACAUGCCCAGCCUGCCUCCGUACCAGCCUGCCUCCGGCUUGUGCUACGUGCAGAAUCAUUUUGGCACAACCCCCAACUCCUCGGGUGUCUACCCAGCUUCCGCGGGUGCCUCCCUGGGAGUCCAGCCCCCUGCCCCCCUCAACUGCCCCGGCACCGUGUAUUCCGGGGCUCUGGCCACUCCAGUGGCCACAGGCUCUAAGGAGUGCUCAAGGGUCCUGAUGCCCUGAGAAAGUUUCCAGGGAUGCGAUCUCCCCUCCUGGCCUUCUCAAAAAGGGCCUCUGUGAGCUGAGAUUUUCUUGACACGAAGUUAUUUAUUGGAUACCUCUAUGUGCCACGCUCUGUGUUGAGUAUUUUGAUAUGUGUUCCUGUUGAUCUCCUUUACCCUCAUGACAGCUUCGUGAAGUACAGUGGUCCCCACUUCCCAGAUGCAGAAAGCAGGGCGCCUGGUCAGGACACGUGGCUCUUGUGGCACAGCUGGGGCGCUUGGCUUCAGGCCCAGGCCCCUCCCACCCACUUCCCCGCCCCAAAGAAACCUCGGGGAAGGGGGAUCGGUUGUCAGCGGCUCAUCCCAGCUCUGUUCCUUCCUGGCCUUGUGCGUAGUGCUCUUGGUUAUCCAGUGUCCGUGUGUUCAUGUGUGCCCUUCAGGAGCUCCCUGCUGGUGUGCUCGCCAGUCCCCAGGCCUGUGCAGUGUUUCUCCCCUGCAGCGACACCCCCACCACCCAGACUUCUGCCCCAGGAGUGGUGAGACGGGCCUGCGUGCGCCCCAGCAGUAUGUUGACGGGUCCGUCGCGUUGGUUACGUUUGUAUAAAGAAACUGCCUCCAGCCUGC